AUGGCUGAAACAAUUCUUUACCAUACUGUGACUCAAAUUAUCAAGAAGUUGGGUUCAACGGUUUUCCAAGAGAUCGGACUGGCAUGGGGUGUAGAGGGUGAGCUUCACAAACUUGAAAACACGGUUUCUACUAUCAGAGCAGUACUUGCUGAUGCAGAGGAGCAGCAAGCCACAAAUUGUGAGGUUGCAGACUGGCUCGAAAAGCUUAAUGAUGCAUUUUGUGAUGCUGAUGACUUGCUCGAUGACUUCUCCACUGAAGUUCUUCGGCGCCAAGUUAUGACUCAGAACAAAAGGCUAAAGAAGGUACGCAAUUUCUUCUCAAGCUCAGCUAUCAGUAGUAAGAUGACUCGUGAGAUUAAGGCCAUUAAGGAGAGACUAGAUGCAAUUGCAGAAGACAGGAAAAAAUUUCACCUUAUUGAACGACCUAUAGAGAUGCGAGUUGGGAAUACUAAGAGGGAGGAGACUCAUUCUUUUGUUCAUGCAGAAAGUGUUAUUCGGAGGGAAGGUGAUAAAAAUAAUAUUGUAGAAAUGUUAUUGGACAGUAACAUUCAAGAGAGUGUGUCGGUGGUUGCAAUAGUUGGGAUUGGGGGACUAGGGAAGACCACACUUGCAAAAUUAGUAUACAAUGAUGAAGUGGUCACUAAAUAUUUUGAACUUAAGAUAUGGGUUUGUGUUUCUGACCCCUUUGAUGUGAAACUCAUUGCACAAAAAAUCAUAGGUUCUGAAGAAGGUAAUGGCCUCCAGUUCGAAGAAGUGCAAAAUCAAUUGAGGACAAAAAUUGAUGAAAAAAAAUAUUUACUUGUAUUGGACGACGUGUGGAAUGAGAAUCGUGAGAGUUGGUUAAAACUGAGAGAUCUGUUGAGUGGUGGUUCAAGAGGAAGUAAAAUUUUAGUAACAACCUGUAGUGAAUUGGUUGCAAACGUUACAGGACAAAAUUCACCAUAUGUCUUAAAAGGCUUGUCUGGGGUGGUGUCAUGGUCUUUGUUUAAGAAAAUGGCAUUCAAACAAGGGGAAGAGUAUGAGAAUACAAGUCGAGUAAUGGUUGGGAAGGAAAUUGUACAAAAUUGUAAGGGAGUUCCUCUUUCCAUAAGGUCUAUAGGAAGCCUACUAUACUAUAAAGAUACAAAUGCUGAAUGGUUGAUUUUUAAAAAUAAAGAUUUGUCAAAAAUAGCUCAAGAAGAGGAUAUUAUUUUGCCAAUACUAAAGUUAAGUUAUAAUCACCUUCCUCCGUAUUUGAAGAGAUGCUUUGUAUUUUGUUCCUUAUAUUUGAAAGAUCAAAAGAUUGUUAAGCGAGAAUUAAUCCAAUUGUGGAUUGCACAUGGAUUCAUUCAGUCAUUGUAUGAAAAUCAACUAUUGGAGGAUGUAGGAGAUUUGUAUUUUAUGGGUUUAUUGAGGAGGUCCCUCUUUCAAGACAUUGAAAGAGAUGAAUGGGGUGAAAUAGUAAGUUUCAAAAUGCAUGAUCUGGUCCAUGACCUUGCAUAAUCGGUGGUUAGGCUUGAGAACUCCACUUUGAAUUCAGGUGCAAAAACUGUUAAUGAAAGAAUUCGCCAUAUGUCAUUUGGUUCCUAUUCAUCAUGGAAAAUUCCAACCCACUUGGUGAGAGCUAAGAAGUUGCGAACAUUUAUUUCGAAGAAUACAUAUUUAGGACCCAAAGUUUUUGAAAUGACUAUUUCAACUUUUAAAUGUUUACGUGUGUUGAUUGUGUCCAACACGUAUUCGAUAAAUACCGUGCCAGAUUACAUAAGCAAGCUAAAACAUUUAAGGUAUCUUGAUCUUAGUGGUACUGAUAUCAAGGCUCUCCCAAAAUUCCAUAAGCAAGUUACAAAAUUUGCAGACUCUAAAACUGAAUAGAUGUUUCCAUCUUGAAGAAUUGCCAAGAGAUAUUAGAAAAUUGGUCAGCCUUACGCAUUGUCACAACCUUGACCGUAAUGCAGGUUGUGAACAUAAAACAGAACAAAGAAAUACUCAUAUUCAGAAAUGUCUGACCGAGCCCUGGAAUACUGUUCAAAAUUUUAGAUAAAACUUUAAUACUCAAGGCUGAUAAUAAGAAAAUCCCUUAUUUCAAAAGUCAUUUUAAAUAAAGUACCCUGUCCCAAUAUUAUCUGAAAAUAUAAAAGUAGGUUUCAUAAUUAAAAUCUCAUAACCCUUUAAUUACAACAUUUUAACACGAUUUGUUUUGAAAAAAAAUAAUUAUAAAUAUACAUGUUGGACUCAAAAUAUACAUUUCUCAUUUAUACAAAGAUAUAUAACCAAUUAGAAUCCAACAUCCAUCCAUGGCUAUGGAGGAAUUCCCUCUACGACCUCUUGUCCAUAACCCGAAAAAAAUGUAUAUAUAAUAGGAAUGAGUAACCACAGCUCAGCAGGAAAUGCCUAACCACCACUCCUUAAUACCCCCAUGAAUCCAAACAAAGAAUAGGAAUCAGAGAAAGAGUUAUGCAAAUCAGGGAAAAAAUAAUCAUCACAUCAUCAUGCUGUCUCACAAAACAGUCAACACAGAAGAAUAUGAAGUACUAUAUACAUAGAGUCUAAACUAUUUCUCUUAUUACAACGUUCUAUACAAAGAAUCACAUUUCUCAUUAUCACAACCAUCAGUCUAAAGGUAUGCCCCUGUACCGUGAAAAGACUACCCCUCUAUUAAUACCUAAGGAACCCUUUAGUAUUAAUGAUUUACUGUACCUAUACAAAAUGAUAACCACUCAUGUCUAAUCAUAAACACAAACAGAGAAUAUUCAUCUCUAUUACUUCAUAAUUACCACAUUCUUUCCUGUCAAUAUCUUAGCUGGUCCUAUGCUAUGCUAGGAGAAAAAUAAUCACAAUAUCACAUUUAUAAACCAAGUCAUGAAUGGAUAUGCCAUGCAAUGGGUGCAAUGUCAUGCGAUGUCGCUCCCCAUUUUUUUUCAAAACCAUUUCCAUCAUCAUUUCCAAACAUUUAGUGAACCUGUCCCAUGGCAACUCCAUGGCGGCACGAAAGGAGGAUUGGCCAUUGUCCCUGACCCAUGGCAACUCCAUGACGUCAUUUGGGGCCCAGGUAACUCAACCACACUAAGGCGAUCUCCCUAGUCCCCUCUAGGCCUCACUAACGCCGCGGUCCCUAGGCAAAUCCUAGGCGGCCAGGUUUUUCCCAGACUUUAGUUCAAAACAUUUCCCCAAAAAAAUUCAGUUUGCUUUACAUUCAAAACUCCUCCUUAACAAAUCAGGUUUGUCCCAUUGCUUCCCAAUGUAAUGCAUGAUUGACACAUGCUUCACAAUAUUAUAAUACCACAUCAUUACUCACAUCAAAAUCCAAUUCUAUGGACACACUAUGGCAGCAAAUUUAUCAUGGCAGCAUGUUUCAUGGACAAUGUAUCAUUCAGUUUUUGAAUAUUAAUACAACACCAAACAUAAAACAAAACAGCCCAUAAUUGAAGUGAACUAAAUAUAUAAUUUCCAGCUUGUCAAACAAUAACAAUACAACCAUUGUGAUUACUAGAAUUUCAGUUUUAGGCAUAUAAACGCCAACAACAUUUUAAGAGCUCAAAUUCCAUAUUUAAAACACAUAACACAUCAUUUCUGUCUAUGCUACAAAAUUUCAGAUUUUUAUUAUACAACAUGCUUGUAAAGAAAGCCUAAUUCAAGUCAUAUAAUGGUUCAAUUUAAAGGAUUUAAUUCACAAGGAAACAAAGGGUGUGAGGGUUAAAACAACCCCUACUAGUUGUUAGCAAUUCAUAUGCAACUUGUUACCUCCAUCUUCAAAACUUCAUAAUAAUUUCAAUUCUAUGUCAAAUUGAGUGAUUCCAAAGCCUAAUGAAAGCUUAAACAAUGUACUUUGAAAGUGUCAAUUUAGUUUAACAAAAUCCCUUCCCAAUUGGAACAGUGUUGACCCAAAAUUUCGAAAUAAAAUCUGCCCAAAAACUGAUUUCCAGCCUGUAGCUUCCAUUUUUGAAAAAUCAUAAAAAUUUCAAUUCUCAUCUAAAUUGAGUGAAUCUAAAGGCCACUGAAAGUUCAAAGACUAUAUUUUCAAGAUAAAAUUUUACUUCACCAAAAUACCUUACCAUUUAAAGCAGGUUUGAUGAGAAAAACUCAGACAGAAUCUGCCCCAACCCAAAAUUUCCACCAAGAACGCUCUAACUUUAGAAAUUCAUAUUAAAUUCAUUGCUCAACCAAUUUAUGUGAAACCAAUUCUCAAUGAAAGCUAAUUAACUAUAUUAUCAGAAUAUCAAAUCAUCUCUAAAUGAUAGUUUACGAAUUUACAGGAAUUUGAGCAAAACAAUAGCAUGUAAUUUCAGCCAAACAGUUUCAGCAUGCUUUAGUUUAAUUUUUAUACACUUUUCAACUUAAUUUGAAAGAGAUUAACUCACUAAAGGUAAAGGAAUUGAGGGUUAGACAAUCCUACCUCAAGGGAGCUCAAACCCUAGGAACAAACACCUCAAAGCUAUCUCAAUGAUAGAUCGAAUCACCAAACGGAUGAAGAAAAUUGAAGAACACUCCAUUGAAGCACAAUUAAGAUCCUCCUCUUUUCAAGGCACUUUCUAAACCCCAUGGAUUAAGGAAUGGUCUCAAAUAAUAUAUCAAUGGAGACCUCAUUUCCUCUAGCUCAUUUUUCAUUCACACCUCACCAUCAAACUCUCACCACAAGUCUCUCAAUUCUGAGCUUCAAAAACUCCUCUAAUGGAGGACAAAGAUGGACGAAGGAAGAAGGCAACUACAGAGACUAAAUCCCAACCCACCUUCUGCAUAAAUGUGUUAUACAAGGUAAGUUAAAUGAAUGUCAUGUGGUGUCCAUGUGUCAAGCCCACCAUGAGUCAAAUGUGUGACCAUGAUAAAUGACCAAAAUGUCCCCACCUCUUCACUUAAUUACCAAAAUGCCAUUACAAUCCUCAAAUGACCAUUCCACCCUUAUGAAUAAAAAAAAUGACAUCCAAGAUAAUUAUUUUUCAAUUAAGGAAAUAAGUCCAAAACCCAAAAAUCCUGGCGUGGGACCCACAUGAGUCGCUCGGCCCAAAAAUCCAAAAACUGUCUAAAUGAUUCCCGAAGCAUAUCGAUGCAUCCCGAACUGAACAAAACAUUUCAGAUCAUUGUAAAACCUUUGUGACACACAAUCACAAACAUGGCACAUAACCCAAAGUAAUGAAAUAAUCACUUAUGCUAAAAUGAGAAAUGCCCGAAAAAAUUAAAAAAGUGAUGGACAUCACAGUCUACCCUCCUUAAAAAGAUAUCGUCCUCGAAAUCUACCCUCCUUAAAAAGAAAAGAUGAUGUGCCUAUCACACUCACAAAAUUUGGCAGGAACUCUAACCAGCAUCACCACACAAUUUGCAGAGCCUAUAGACUCACAUCAUACAAUAGACACAACAGUCUACAAAAUCCCCUCCAACUCUCCAGAUACUAACGAGGAAAAGUGGAUACAAACUCUCGUGAUAAAAUGCAUCUACUGCCAACAGACUCUAAUCUGCGAAUCCAAAGCUUGAUAAGUCUGUGCCCUCAAGCAACAAUGGAUUCGAAUCCCACAAAACCGAGCUAGCUCAAAUCAUAACUGUCAAGAUACUCAUAACAUUAUUCCUGAUGUCUACUCUUAUCACCAGUUAAGGUAAAAUCAAUCUCUAGCAUCAAUCAGUCCUUAUUAACAACCGGUAUUCAACCGAAAUGCAAGUCAAUUAAAUGAUAACCCAAAAUAUCACCAUAUUAUUCUACUAUCGUCACCAUCCUUAUCCAUAUUCCAGAAUUUAUAAUCAUGACAUUCUACAAAAUUUAGAAAUCCAUAACACAAUCCCCGAAUACCAAUGUGGCAAUCCACCAAUCCAGCAUAACAUCAAUGAAAAAAACUGCCAAUCCUCAAUCAUCAUAAUCAUGAAAGGAUACACCAUACUAUGAUUUGCUAAUCAAACUAGCAACUAGUGUCUGUUAACACAUACUCAGAAGAAUAGUAGCCUUGUCGGCGUCUAGAGCCUGCCCACACAUACUCGUCAGCAUGGUAGCAUAGUCGGCAACUAUUGUCCGCUCACAACGUCCUCAUACGUAAUGUGACAUCACCAAUGCCUAAUACAAUCCCAUCACACACCCUUUUCCUGAGACACCUAUGACGUCACCUGAAACCAUAAGUGUCUCCCAUGACACACCAACCGUCAUCCUUGUCAGUGUCUUGAAAUUGCGUUUAGAGCCGGGUAUGGUCCACAAUGUCCGGUCGGUCCAUUUGUCCAUCCCAUGCCCAAACAACAAUUGCAUUAUCACUAACCCACUUUCUUCGAAUCACAAGUCACAAAGACUCAAUUCUGCAAUCAAAAACUUUUCUAACAUCAGGAUCCAACUCUGGACUCCUUACUACUAAUCACACCUGAACGUUCCGCUGUUACAUGAAUGAAACACCCACAUAUGCUAAACACUAAUCAGUGCACAUCAAAACUAUAUCCUCAUUGGUAGAUACUCACAAUGCCAGCUAAGUCGUGUCCAAUGAGGACAUCUGACAACGAUGCAAAAUGCCAUGAUACUCACACAUGCUUAUGCUGAUAAGCCAUCCACAAACGACAACGCUAUUGGCAUCAGUCUUACCACUCAUUUCCCAGACCUCUAAGUGCUUGAACUUUCUUAUGAGGUGACAUACUACAGCAAAAUAAAAGUCAACAACAAUGACACUAUCCACAGUCCCAAACUGACUCACAUGGAUACAAGCCGUUAAACAUAUAACAUGCUUCAUCUUUAAACAAUUAAACAAUUAUUACGUAAGCACAUAAGCAUGCUUGCAAAGCCCAAACCAAAUAAACACAUAGCCACUUAGGCAGGUAAGCAUGCUUGCAAAACAAGUAACAAGUAAGCACAUAAGCAUGUGAGAAAACACAAACUAGAAAACCCUUAACCGUAGACAGACCACUACCCGUCGUCCCUAGGUUAGAUGAACCAUGCUCUGAUACCAUUUUUGUCAUGACCCUUGACCGCAAUCUAUGUUGUGAACAUAAAAUAGAACAAAGAAAUACUCAUAUUCAGAAAUGUCUGACCGAGCCCUGGAACAUUGUCCAAAAAUUUUAGAUAAAACUUUAAUACUCAAGGCUGAUAAUAAGAAAAUCCCUUGUUUCAAAAGUCAUUUUAAAUAAAGUACCCUGUCCCAACAUUAUUUGAAAAUAUAAAAGUAGGUUUUAUAAUUAAAAUCCCAUAACCCUUUAAUUACAACAUUUUAACACGAUUUGUUUUGAAAAAAAAUAUUUACAAAUAUACAUGUUGGUCUCAAAAUAUACAUUUCCCAUUUAUAAAAAGAUAUAUAACCAAUUAGAAUCCAACAUCCAUCCAUGGCUGUGGAGGAAUUCCCUCUACGACCUCUUGUCCAUAACCUGUAAAAAAUGUAUAUAUAAUAGGAAUGAGCAACCACAGCUCAGUAGGAAAUGCCUAACCACCACUCCUUAAUAUCCCUAUGAAUCCAAACAAAGAAUAGGAAUCAGAAAGGGAGUCAUGCAAAUCAGGGAAAAAAUAAUUAUCACAUCAUUAUGUUGUCUCACAAAGCAGUCAACACAGAAGAAUUUGAAGUACCAUAUACACAGAGUCUAAACUAUUUCCUUUAUUACAACAUUCUAUACAAAGAAUCACAUUUCUCAUUAUCACAACCAUCAGUCUAAAGGUAUGCCCUUGUACCGUGAAAAGACUACCCCUCUAUUAAUACCUAAGGAACCCUUUAGUAUUAAUGAUUUACUGUACCUAGACCAAAUGAUAACCACUCAUGUCUAAUCAUAAAUACAAAUUGAGAAUAUCCAUCUCUAUUACUUUAUAAUUACCACAUUCUUUCUAAUCAAUAUCUUAGCUGGUCCUAUGCUAUGCCGGGAGAAAAAUAAUCACAUUAUCACAUUUAUAAACCAAGUCAUGAAUGGAUAUGCCAUGCAAUGGGUGCAAUGUCAUGUGAUGUCGCUCCCCAUUUUUUUCCAAAACCAUUUCCAUCAUCAUUUUCAAACCGUUAGUGAACUCGUCCCAUGGCAACUCCAUGGUGGCACGAGAGGAGGAUUGGCCACUGUCCCUGACCCAUGGCAGCUCCAUGACGUCAUUUGGGGUCCAGGUAACUCAACCACACUAAGGCGAUCUCCCUAGUCCCCUCUAGGCCUCACUAACGCUGUGGUCCCUAGGCAACUCCUAGGCGGCCGGGUUUUUCACAAACUUUAGUUCAAAACAUUUCCCCAAAAAAAUUCAGUUUGCUUUACAUUCAAAACUCCUCCUUAACAAAUCAGUUUUGUCCCAUUGCUUCCCAAUAUAAUGCAUGAUUGACACAUGCUUCACAAUAUUAGAAUACCACAUUAUUACUCACAUCAAAAUCCAAUUCUGUGGACACACUUUGGCAGCAAAUUUAUCAUGGUAGCAUGUUUCAAGGACAAUGUAUCAUUCAAUCUUUGAACACUAAUACAACACCAAACUUAUAACAAAACAGCCCAUAAUUGAAGUGAACUAAAUAUAUAAUUUCCAACUUGUCAAACAAUAACAGUACAACCAUUGUGAUUACUUGAAUUUCAGUUUUAGGCACAUAAACGCCAACAACAUUUUAAGAGCUCAAAUUCCAUAUUUAAAACACAUAAUACAUCAUUUCUGUCUAAGGUACAAAAUUUCAGAUUUUUAUUAUACAACAUGCUUGUAAAGAAAGCCUAAUUCAAGUCAUAUAAUGGUUCAAUUUAAAGGAUUUAAUUCACAAGGAAACAAAGGGUGUGAGGGUUAAAACAACCCCUAAGAGUUAACAAUUCAUACGCAGCUUGUUACCUCCAUCUUUGAAACUUCAUAAUAGUUUCAAUACUAUGUCAAAUUGAGUGAUUCCAAAGCCUAAUGAAAGCUUAAACAAUGUACUUCGAAAGUGUCAAUUUAGUUUAACAAAAUCCCUUCCCAAUUGGAACAGUUUUGGCCCAAAAUUUCGAAAUAAAAUCUGCCCAAAAACUGAUUUCCAACCUGUAGUUUCCAUCUUUGAAAAAUCAUAAAAAUUUCCAUUCUCAUCCAAAUUGAGUGAAUCCAAAGGCCACUGAAAGUUCAAAGACUAUACUUUCAAGAUAAAAUUUUACCUUACAAAAAUACCUUACCAUUUAAAGCAGGUUUGAUGAGAAAGACUCGGACAUAAUCUGCCCCAACCUAGAAUUUCCAGCAAGAACACUCUAACUUCAAAAAUUCAUAGUAGAUUCAUUUCUCAACCAAUUUAUGUGAAACCAAUUCUCAAUGAAAGCUAAUUAACUAUAUUAUCAUAAUAUCAAAUCAUCUCUAAAUGAUAAUUUACGAAUUUAAAGGAAUUUGAACAAAACAGUAGCAUGUAAUUUCAGCCAAACAAUUUCAGCAUGCUUCAAUUUAAUUUUUAUACACUUUGCAACUUAAAUUGAAAGAGAUUAACUCACUAAAGGAAAAGGAAUUGAGGGUUAGACAAUCCUACCUCAAGGGAGCUCAAACCCUAGGAACAAAUACCUCCAAGCUAUCUCAAGGCUAAAUCGAAUCACCAAACGGAUGAAGAAAAUUGAAGAAUACUCCAUUGAAGCACAACUAAGAUCCUCCUCUUUUCAAGGCACUUUCUAAACCCCAUGGAUUAAGGAAUGGCCUCAAAUAAUAUAUCAAUGGAGACCUCAUUUCCUCUAGGUCAUUUUUCAUUCACACCUUACCAUCAAACUCUCACCACAAGUCUCUCAAUUCUGAGCUUCAAAAACUGCUCUAAUGGAGGACAAAGAUGGACGAAGGAAGAUGGCAACUACAGAGACUAAAUCCUAACCCACCUUCUGCAUAAAUGAAUUAUACAAGGUAAGCUAAAUGAAUGUCAUGUGGUGUCCAUGUGUCUAUGUGUCAAGCCCACCAUGAGCCAAAUGUGUGACCAUGAUAAAUGACCAAAAUGUUCCCACCUCUUCACUUAAUUACUAAAAUGCCAUUACAAUCCUCAAAUGACCAUUCCACCCUCAUGAAUAAAAUAAAUGACAUCCAAGAUAAUUAUUUUUCAAUUAAGGAAAUAACUCCAAAACCCAAAAAUCUUGGCGUGGGACCCACACGAGUCGCUUGGCCCAAAAAUCCAAAAACUGUCUAAAUGAUUCCCGAAGCAUAUCGAUGCAUCCCGAACUCAACAAAACAUUUCAGAUCAUUGUAAAACCUUUGUGACACACAAUCACAAACAUGGCACAUAACCCGAGGUAAUGAAAUAAUCACUUAUGCUAAAAUGAGAAAUGCCCGAAAAAAUUAAAAAAGUGAUAGACAUCACAGGCAUCUUGAGUUUGACCAGUGUCUUAAGUUGAACGGCAUGCUGCCAUGGGGAUUGGGCCAGUUGAAGUCUCUUUUGACAUUAACAAGGUUUGCAGUGGACUCAAGUAGCCUGUUGAGUGAAUUGCAAAGCCUAAACAAUCUAUGUGGAAGCUUUACUAUUGAAAUUCUUGGACGUAGGGACUCAAGUAGCCGCCAGUGUUUAAAAAAUGCAGCAGCAGAGGGAGCUGAGGGAACGAACUACUUGGAGGCUAAAAAACACCUUAAGUCGUUGAUAUUAUGUUUUGAUAGGGUUGAUCACGAUGAUGACGAGUUAUUAUUGGAAUCCCUCCGUCCAUACCCAAAUCUGAAGGAGCUGAAAAUAGAGUAUUAUGGGGGAAUGAGUUUCCCAAGUUGGAUGAUGAUGGUUGACAAAGUUUGCUUAUCCCUCCCGAAUCUCGUCAUAAUUACUAUAGACAGCUGUGACAAAUGCAAACAUCUUCCACUAUUUGGGCAACUUCCUUCUCUCCAAUUUCUCUGUCUUUCUUUUAUGUAUUCCUUGGAGUACAUAGACAACAAUAGUACUGGCAGUGGUGGUGAGGUGUCCCUCUCUUCUUUCCCCUCUUCUUCAUCUUCAAUAAGAAGAUCAGAACAAACACCAACACCAACACCAACAUUCUUCCCAUCCCUGAAAGAACUCCUACUCCAUCCAAUGCCUAAUUUGAAGUGAUGGUGGAGAGAAGCAGUAGAAGAAGAAGCAACAACAAGUAGUGCAACUCUACUGGACCAACAGAAACAUCAACAACAGCAUUAUUGGCUCCCAUCAUUUCCUUCUCUUUCCAAAUUAAACAUCAAACAUUGCCCUAAUCUGACAUCAAUGCCUUUUCUGUAACCAUGUCUUGAACAACUUCAUCUCAAAAAUGUCAGCAACAAGCUAGUUGAACAACAGUUAAUGAUGACAGUGUCCCCAGUUGCAACCAUGUCAUUGUCCUAUUCAUCUUCUUUGCUUCUUCAUCUUUCCAAAUUAAAGACUCUAUGUGUUGUCAACAUUCAGGACCUAGUUACUUUGCCAGAGUGUAUAGGCGACCUCACAUCUCUUGACCGACUUUUCAUUGACAAUUGCCCCAAUUUGACGUCAUUGCCCGAAGGAAUGCGACGGCUUGCUGCAUUACAACAACUCAUAAUUACAUCAUGCACCGACGUUUUAUAUGAUAGAUGCCAGAAAGAAACCGCGGACGAUUGGCCAAAGAUUGCUCACAUCCGAAAUGUUUAUAUUGCAUAAUUUCUUCUGUGGCAUACAAGGAAGAAACAUGGUAGAAGCAGCCAAAAGGACAAUUACGAAAACCAGCGAGCAUGAUCCAGCCUCAAAGCAAUUGGCCAAGGCUAUUGGGAUGAGUGUUAGUAGUCUAGAUACAAUUUUGCCCAAUGGAGGUGAUCAAAGCAAAAGAUUAAGCUUGUAAGACCUGAUUCAGGUAGUUAUACAUUUUGUUUUCCAUUUUUCUGCCUGCUUUCCAUGAAGGUUUUUUUUUUAUUUUCUCUUUGGAGCAAAGAUAAUCAAUCCAGAGGGAGAAUAUAAUCUGCGAACAUAUGUUUAGUGGUGGAUGAGACAAGCUAUUACUGGGGCAAUAGCAAACAAGUAUAGGAUGAUCAGAUUACUGGUAAGACACUUUACGAAUGAACAGAUUUUUUUUGAAUUGUGUUAUCCAACUAAAUUAUAACGAUUUUCGUCCCAAGAGAUUGCAGUUGUGAACAUGAAUGUUUCAACUAUUGUACUUGUUUUCGAAAGAAACUGAGGUCCAAUUUCCAACUAUUGUAAAUUUUUCUCACUAUUGUUUAUUGAUUAACAAAAUUCUAAGAUGCAAACUAAAUGAAGUGAAACAUUUUUACAGUUUUAUUAUGCAGUUUCUAUGCCAGAGUGGAUAGGCAACCUCACAUCACUUGAAUAACUUCCUGUCAGAAAUUGACAUCACUGCCCAUUAGGAUUCGUCAGCUCACUGCAUUACAACUCCUCAGAAUUACAUCAUGUGCCGACAUGUAAUAUGAUAGAUGCCUGAAAAAAACAGGGGAAGAUUGGCCAAAGAUCGCUUGCAUCCUAUGUUUAUAUUGAAUAACCUCUGUGGCAUACAACUAUACAAGGAAAUGUCAAAUGUUCAGUUUGUGCACGUGUUCUGGGGCAGCGUUAUGAGCACAUAAUUGCAUUAGUUUUAGAGUCUUCUUCUUCCUAUUCAUAUUUGUUUAAUCUCAAAGCAAGAAACAGGGUGGAAGCAGUCAAAAGGGAGAUUACAAAAAACUAUGGAACAUGAGCUGCCAGAGACAAAAUUUUGUGUACUCGAGAUGAGUCAGCAAGAAUCAGAGAUUAAGGUUACAACACCUGAUUCAGAUCAGGAAGGAGCAGGGAUAUUCAAUUCCGAUAGGGAAUAUAAGUUGUGAACAUAUGUUUAGUGCUGGAAGAGACAAGCUAUAACCAGGAAAAUAGAAAACGAGUCCAAGAUGAUCAGAUUACCUGAAGUACAGAGAGCUACUUAGAAAGCUUACGAUGUGGAAAGGGAUGAUGAGAUUGUAAACAAAGCUUUAGCAGCGGUCAACAAAGCAGCCAAUGCAGCUAGAGUUACUGCUGUGAAGGGUUGAUCCACAGUCACUUGAAUGACUUUACAUAAAUAAAUUGGUCAUCCAGACUUGCAACUUCGUCGGAAUCUUUAAACAGAGCCACUGUCUAUAUAUCAACUAUGGCUUUUAUGAGUAAUGUGGCCCUCAAAUGUGCUUUAAACAUUCACGUUUUUCUUCUGCAAACUCACCUAAGCAAGAAAUGGAAUUGUUUAACACACACUUGCAUUUUUUUUCUUUCUUUCUAAAAAUAAACAUAUAUGCCUUGCUGCGUAAAUCGUUUAGAUUUCUUUGUUUUUGUUAAUUGAUUGUGGAUCAUGUUCUUCUAUGCAAAUGCCCUCAAAAUUGGUCCAUUUGGUGCUAUAGCCUUCUUUGCCUUGAUUUUUUUGAUUUUUCGUGGAAGAGUAGAUGGAUGAUGUUGAUGCAAAAAUGGAACCAGAGUGAUUAUCCAGCUGAUUGCAUUAGUUUAGAGGAAUGCGUGGAAUUUUUAAGACAAAGUCUAGUCCUCAUGUUAUUGUAUAUAAAGUUUGCUGGGAUUUUUAUGAUUUCUGAAAUAUCUAAUGUCAGUGUAGGUGUUGGGAAAUCCCAAUCCCAGAGAAAGUCUCUGUCAUUCAAUGAAGUCCUCCUUCAUAUGGUUGUUUAAAGUUGAAGUUCUGAUGCAGCUUAUAACACGGAUACAACUGAUUGUGGUGGAGGAAUCAAAUGUUGCAAAUUGCCUCCGUUUUUCAGCAGAUUAGCUCAUCGGUUUCAGCAACCGAAGCUCUGAGAGCUCUGGUUUUCCGAGAGGCUGAGGCUGAUUUGUCAGUGGAACUUCGUCAAUGUCAUGGUUGAAGGCGACUGUAAGCCGGUUAUACAAGAUAUUGGUUAUCAGUUGGUGCCCAGCCUUCGGACCCUGUCCAACGCCUACUUUUCAGAGUAGGUUUGCUACCCCCUCCACUGAUGUUGGCAAUGGGACGCAAAGGAGGGCCACAAGACACCCAUCCAAUAGAUCAUAUAACCGGACGCCAUUUGACAUUCGAGAAGUUAGACAACACUGACCAAUCAAAGGACUCUGAAGGUGAUGGAGAUGAUGAUGAAGACAGUGCAACCUCAUGAAGCUUAUACAUCUCUGGUUUCUAAGAUUAGUAUUGGUAGGAUUGAUCUGCUCAGAUCAUUGAAGAGUUGUUUGAACUUUGAAGUUGUGUAGCUCGUGAAUAACCCCCAAUCUUAAGUAACAGAGCAACUUCCUUUAAGAUUUCAGUGCUUAAUCCAGAUAUAGGGCUAUGAUAUAUGUUCUGCUACUUCGUCUUGAUGCAGAAAGAACUUUAUUUUAUAUUUGUGUUAGCAUAUAUUGGUUUCAAUUUUUAUC